AUGGCACAACGUGAUCCGUUCUUUUAUUAUUAUCCAAAAGGAUGGGAUAUUCUUUACCCGGCACAUUUCGGCUUCUUUCCCUAUCGAGCCACUAAAUUUCGUGGCUCAUCAUCAGCGAUUUGUGUGAGUGCAUUUGGUAUAUUUUUACUGCUCGGCGGCGGUUUAAUGCUCUAUUUGGGAUAUUUCUUCGUGAAAAGUCCGCCGAUUUUAUGGACGUUCGAUACGGGUCUUGGUAUACAUUUCUCGACGAAUCCAAUUCAGCUAGCCGCACCGUUGCUUUUGACUUCCGGUUUAUUGCUCAUAUUUGCAGCGCUGAUCUGCUCAUUAUCUGCACAUCGAUUAUGCGGUGCGACGAACGUUCGAAAGCAUCACGAAGCACCUCGAGUUACAAUACUGACGCGAUAUUUUAAGGAACCGUCAGGAGUGUAUGAGAAAUCACCAUAUAUGCCUUUGCCGCCACCCGCAUAUCCGGUGCUAGAGAAUCGCUAUGCGCAAUCAGCCAUGUACAACCCACAAUCUGAACUGAAACUUUAUCCGCCAGUGUUACUUAUUAUCUUCUUCAGCGUUCCCGGCCGUUCGACACUUUCAUUGCAUGGUCGUGAGCCGAGUGUAUAUUUGGCAAAUCCCUACAACACACUACGUGCGGUUUCGGUUAAUAAGUACUAUUCAACUCUGGAUAGUAACAAUAGUGGCUCAUAUACUAAUGCAACAGUGCCACGUGAACGGAUUCGAUCUGGGUCAGUAACGACUGGACGUCGACGUUCCAGCGAAUCGAGCUCACAUCCGAUACGAUCGAAGAGUUUAGCACCACCGCAAAAAAAUGAACGAAUACGACGUGGAGCAGUUGUAUAA